CGCCUGCGGUCUGCAGGUACAGUCUGCUCCCACAGCAACAACCUUAUCCACACAGCAACAUGAAGUACUUGGUGGUCGUGCUGGUGGCGUGUGUGGCGAUGGCGUCCUGCCAGCAGGAGCUGCAGCGCGAGAAGCGUGGAUACCUCGGCCUGGGGGCCGGACUGCUGGCCGCCCCCGCCGUCGCCGCCCCCGCUGUGGUCGCCGCCCCCGCAGUCGCCGCCGUCGCUGCCCCUGCAGUUGUCGCCGGACCCGCCAUCGGCUACGGAUAUGGCUACCUCGGCGGUGUCCACGGAAGACUGGUGCACGGUUGAAGAUCCUUCCUCUCUAGCCUCUGCACGCUGUGUAUCUGUAUUGCUGUGGCCCCAUUAAAGCUCAUUUUGUAGUUUAA